AUGCGUUUUGCAACGAUACGAAAGGGUCAUACAAUUGCACAUGCAAACAUGGAUUCACGGGAAAUGGACAAGAAUGUAAAGGUAGUUGUUUGAUCUAUUAAAAAUUAUGUGAUGAAAAAAAUUCAGCUUAUAUUUGCAAAUUAUCCACAAAGGGAUAGUAACUUACAUCUCGAUCCUCUCAGCAAGAAAAUGUGUAGUGAAACUGAACGCGGACAGAGAUAUAUAUGGACGAAACCACAUUGAAAAAUUUUAUUCUUGAUCACCAAAGUGUUUUUAAAUCAAUUGGAAUCAAUUUGCUCAUCACUGUUUGUUGGUUUCAUUCAUCCUUUGUUGCCGGACAGACUGUCGUAUGGCUACAGAAACCUAUUUGAUGUUCUCAACAACAAAUAUUAAUGCUGUGCAAAUCAAAUACGAAUAUCAAGUAAUGCUGCUGACCUUUUAAAUCUUUUAUACAUUUUCGUCAAUUUUUUGUCGGCUUUAUAUCUAUAGACAUCGAUGAGUGUGUCGGAGGGUCACACUCUUGCAGCCCUGAUGCCUAUUGCAACAAUACCAAAGGGUCUUACAACUGUACAUGUAAACCUGGAUUCACUGGGAGUGGAAGAGAAUGCGAGGGUAUGUGUUACUUUUGAGAAUGUUGAGCAAAGGAGGCGGAUUUUCUAAUUUCGAACUUUCUGAUAAAACAAAAACUACGUUUACCGUGAUAUUAAGAACAGUAUGUAAAGGAGGCUUACCUAAUUAUUGUUGGUUUUACAGCUGUUGGUGCUUCUAUGUUUUUUUUUUCUAUACGAUAAUUUGUUUUUAUUUAUUCGUGUAUUUUUUGUUCAGACAUCGACGAAUGUGUUCGUGGGCCACACAAAUGCAGCUCUGAUGGGUUUUGCACCAAUAUCAAAGGGUCUUACAACUGUACAUGUAGACCUGGAUUCACUGGAAAUGGAAGAGAAUGUAAAGGUAAACACUGGGGUCGAAAUAUAGAGGAAAAUCAGCUAGUGAAAAGUCUAACUACGAAUUUUGAUACAAUGGCGAUACUACUGCUCUUCUACUGAGCCUCAUAACCCUUAUAUGUUUCUAAGUCCCUCUUCUGUGUAGUGUUUUAAAACGUUUGCAAACUCAGAUUUUUUAAAAAUCCUUGUAAUGAGAAAAUUAUUGAAUUCGGUUUCCGCAUGAAAACACGAUUCAUUAAACCUUAUGUCUGUGUCUGCGUGAUCUCCCUCGUCCUUUGACUUCAAAAGACCACUCAGAUCAUGGGUUUGAUAAUUGAAGAUAUCAUACUCAACCUCAUCUACUAAUUUCUAACAAAAAUCGAUCCUCUCCCGACGCUGUUUCUUAUCAAUGAUGUAUUUGAAGAAAGCAUAGAUGCUGCCAAGUAAAGUGAAUGAAAACUGAAAACUCUUUCCAACCAAAAAAUAGAGCAUGGAACAUAAUAAAAUUCUUCUGCCAAUCAGUCAGAUUGCAGUCAAUAUUGUUUCCCAAUGAUGGACUAAGAUGUACCUAAAAAAAGUUCACAAUUUCCUCUAAUAAAAGGUAUUUUUAAACUUCUUGCAGGAGCUUCCUCGUGUAAAGAAAUUCAUUACUUGUAAGUAAGAUUGAUAUUCGAUAUUAUUUUCAGAGUACAUCAAACAUUCCACUUGCCGGCAAUUAGUUUCAGCUCAUCACGUCACCGAAUAUACCCCAAUUUUCAAGCCACAUUCCAUAUGUAGAGAAAGUCCUCCUUUAAACCUCGAUCCAUUUUAGUGGAGUGCAUUACUCUCCUCAGGGAAGAGGUAAAAAAUAUCUUUUGCACUCGAAAACCUGUUUGAUUCCAGGACAAAUAACCGAGCAUUGUUGUUAUGAAGGCUGCUGUUUUUGUUCUGCAGAUAUCGACGUCUGAAGGAUCAACUUUUCAUUAGCCUAUUUGUUAAAUCAUUAUUAUUAUUACUAUUAUUAUUAUUAUUAUUAUCACCCAUUAUCUUUCCCAUUGUCAUUUUCAUUGCCACACCGUUGUAGCUAUGAUAAUUAUUUCUUAUAAUCUCAAGUCUUAUUUCACCAUCAUUGUUUUUAUUAUUUGUUGUAUUUCCUUUUUUUUUUUUUUUUUUUUUUUCAUUUUGAUUUAAAAGAUCCAAUGUGAGCGGUGUGGUUACCCUUCUUGUUGAUUCCCAACCAUUGUCCGUUUUCUGUCACAUGGGAAAUUUUGGGUGUGGAGAUGGAGGAUGGACGCCAGUCAUGAAGAUUGACUGCAGAGAGGUGCUUACUUUUAUUAGAUAAUUCAUCUCGUGUAUAAACGCGCUCUCUUUCAAAACGUUGCAAGUUAAAAACCUGCGUGUUACAUACGUAUGCCUUUUAUUUUUCAUCGAGAAGAUAAUGCGCGAAGAACAGACGUUGUUCAACGUAAAUUUCAAGACUUGUUGUGUGUAGUGACUUAAAAAGAUUGUCUUAAUUAUCUUAACAUAUUUGUCUCUAGUAUCAUGAAGCAGCUAGAUAAGAAAUAUAAACCAUCGAGAUCAUAAUUCGGUUAAAAGCAGAUACACUACAGGAAGUCGACAGCAGAAAACCCAUCAAUUCGGAGAAAAAAAUUUUUAAAAUUAAUUGCUUCUCUAUUUCAGACCACCUUCCGUUAUCGUGCAUGUUAUUGGAAUAAUUACGAUGAAUUCAACCUUCGCGGUGGAGAGACUGGGUUUGACGAACAAGAAUCAAAGCUACCCACCUACUGGAACACAUCCUUCUCCAAGAUCUGUCUUGGAAUGAAGAUCAACCAACAGCUCAGAUUUAUUGUUAUCAACAGGCUGGCUGACUCUCUGCACUCGAUAAUUGCUGAUGGCCAAUACCGAAACACGUCGCUAGGUCGUGACGAGUGGAAAAAGUUGAUUGGCAGCAACGCCUCUUUAGAUCACAACUGUAACAAGGAAGGAUUCAAUGCCUUUUGUGGUACAAGUUAUCGUUCUAAAGUCAGAAUUGGUAUUGUUAGCAAUGACCAGAACGAGUGCCACUCGUGCAACUCUUUGAUUGGAUUUGGAAUAAGAAGUCCCCCUAAUGACGCCAAAUCUUGUGGAAACAAGGCACGCAAAGGACGCAAGAGUAUAAAAGCCAUGGGGUACAUAUUGGUGCAAUAA